CGUCCGGGAUUCUACAAAGGGAAAAGAGGAGCACAUAUCACCGCCUUCUGCUCCUGCAACUCCACUUAUGAGAGGGCUUGGAAGGCAGAGGCUCCAGUCAAGAGGUCCUUGCCCUCCUUUGUACCACCAUCAGCAAGAACUGGUAUUUUCUCCCAUUAUGGAUGUGACAGGAAACUUUUUCAACAAACUGCGAAGCAUAGCUGUCACUUUGGAGAAACAGACUAAACAGUUUAAGCAAGUUUUCCAUGGUGAUGACACAGAAUUUGAAGAUGAAUCUCCAAUGAGAUAUUUACAUGAACUAUACUCUGAAGUCAGGACACUAAAGGGUGAUGUUGAUAAUACUUUUCAUAAGAGUUCUUCAGAAAGAGAUGCUACAUGUGACUUCAUAAAAGCCAGUAAAGUUCUGAUGAAAAGAAAUGAAACAGAUCUUGAGAAAAUAAGAGACCUGUUCCACAAAUAUGGUUACAACCCACGUGUUGACAAACCUACAGUAAAGGAUAAAGCUGAAAACAAAGUUGAGUCUACUUUGCCUGAGCAAGAAGGUCCGGAAAACCUUGAUCGUUCUGGAAAAUCACCUGGCUCUCAUAGUCCACGGCAAAUUCCACAGCUUUCAGAUUUUGGACUUUCAAAAUAUGCUUUCCCAACUACUGCAAGCAAAGUGUAUCCUCAGCUUCAAGCACAUAUACAGAAAGAAGAGCCAAGAACAGAUGCCUCACCCAAAACGGAACACUUCCGUAUGCACGGAGAGGUCCUGUCUUUGAAUGAUGAAACCACAUGUUUAAUGGAAGACCAAACAAUCUUCCUACUUAAUAAUGCAAAAAACAUUAAACGGGGCUUGAAUGGAUCAGCAGUGAUAUCACUACCAAACAAGAACCUGGAUACACCUAAGCAGGAAAACAAAGUAUGUGAUUAUGAUUAUAUGACCUCACCUGCUGCACCUACAUUUUGCACACCUGGUCUGAAAAUUCCCCAAAGAAAGAACACAGAUUUACCAAAAUCCCCAAAGAGUAACUGUUCAGCUGCAUCUAAUCAUGUGACAGAGAAACCGCUACCAAAUACACAGUCUCUGAAAAUAGAAUCUAAACAAACAUGUAUUGCUGAAAGACCAAAUAAAGAUCUGAUAAAAGGUGCUGCUGCAUCUGUUCUGUGCUCAGAUAACUAUCUGGAAUGUGUUGAAGAGCCCUCUCCUCCAGCAAUAUCAGACUACAGUAACCUAUUCAGUUCACCACCACCACCACCUGAAAUCACUGUGAUUCCAAAACAGAUUUUUCAGAUGUUAUCAAAGUACAAUCCAAACAUAGCACCUAGAUCUUUAGAGAAGAGGACUGAUGGAAGACUUGCUAUACAUGAGAAAGAGCUUACUGUUGGUUUUGGGAACAAAGAAAACUGGAAGCAUUCUGAAUGAACUACACUAGACUACCUGAUUUUGUUGGGGCUACCCUCUUCCAAACUGUUUAGAAAAAAAUAACUACACAGGAAAACACCUGAACAGAAUAAUUUCCUUUGAAACCAUGUGAGAACAGGUUCUUCUGAAACUGUGUUCUCUCUUCACUAUAAAUUUGUUAACAUUUAAUGAAGAAUAUAAAAUAAAAAUAGCUGCAUUUUAUCUAUAUGUUUCAAACUCAGCAUUAUGCUAUAUGCUAACGUACUGGCACAUUGUUAUUCUACUUGGAGCAUAAGUUUAUGAACAUUUAAACUGAAAAAGUCCCACAAAUCACAACAUCCCUCAGUCAGCCAGUUAUUUUACAUUUUAGA